AUGGACGACAAGCCCCCCGUACAGAUUACUUCGGCUGGGAUCGACGAGGAUGAAGAAGCCCUGGAGGGAUAUGUCGUUGAACCCAGCCGAUAUCCUAACAACGCGGCCGGCCUGAAAACAACUCCAGAUGGCCGUUAUGUUCUCAUCCCACAACCCUUAGACACCCCCGAUGAUCCGUUGAAUUGGAGCUCGCACAAGAAAUGGCUGAUUGUCUGGAUCAUGGCGUAUAUCGCCUUCCUGGCCGACUAUACUGGAGGCACGGCGAUCAUUACUGUCAUCCCUCAGUCCAUAGAGUGGAAUCUGUCCCAGGCCACGGUCCAACGAGCCGUCGUAGGCAACCUCUUCACGAUCGGUUCGUGCGGUAUCAUCGUAGUGAUACUGGCAGGCUUCUUCGGUCGCAUGCCCGUUCUUCUGCUCUUCCAAGCAGUCAUGGUCGGGACUUGUGCCUGGUCCGCAGCGGCCACCAGCUUCGAGUCAUACAUGGCGGCGCGGAUCAUCAACGGGCUCUUCUGCAGUGUCGGUCAGGGAGGCGCGUUGCUCUGGAUCAAAGACCUGUUCUUCUUCCAUGAACACCCCAAAGUCAUCAACUACAUCGAGUUCUUCAUCAUCAUGAGCCCCUACCUUGGCCCGCUGCUGACCUGCUUUAUCGUGACGGAUGUCUCCUGGCGCUGGGCCUUUUGGCUUUGUACCUGCAUGUCAGCCGUGGCCUUUCUGCUUGUCUUUCUUCUCGAUGAAACGCUGUUUAAUCGAAAAGGUCGCCAGAUCCCAAGGGGGUCAUAUAUCGCCCGCCUCACGGGAGCCCAGCAAGCACAGCUGUGGCGGGAGAAGAGUUUCCUCCAGUGCGCUAUGCGACCUAUCGUCGCUAUUACCAGAAUUCCGGUGCUGAUUAUCUUGAUCUACUAUUUCCUCAACUUCGCCUGGGUGAUUGGAGUCAAUACGACCAUCGGAAUCUGGCUGAGCAAUGACUACGGCUUUUCCACUCGCGGCAUUGGCUACUUCUACUUCUUCGGCAUCGUCGGUGUCAUCAUUGGCUGGUUGAUGGGACAUUACCUCCACGAUGCAGUGGGCACCUUUUAUAUGAAUCGACACCAAGGCCGACUGCACCCCGAAGCACGCCUGAUCAUCGUCUACCCCGCCACUAUCCUCUGCUGCGUCAGUCUGAUCGUGCUCGGGUUCGCCUUUGAGCGCCACUGGCAUUACAUGGUCAUUGCCGUCUUCGCAGCCAUGCAAUGCAGCAGUAUGAUGAUCAUCACGACCGCCAUCAACGCAUACCUGCUCGACUGCUACCCCGAGGGAUCCGGCGAGGUGGGCGCGUGGGUGACGGCCAGUCGCAACUGGGGAGGUUUCAUGGCUACAUAUAUUCAGAUUGACUGGGUCAGCGGCAUGGGACCGGCUAGGGCACUGGGGAUCCAAGCGGCUAUUACGUUUGGGUCACUGUUCUUUAUGGUGGUGUUGCAGCUGUUUGGACAGCGGCUGCGCAGGUGGCAGGGGAGAAUGCAUUUCGGUAAAGCUGUGAAGUCUGCAUAG